GCGACACUCGCCUAAAAACUCGGAGAAAAAGCGUGUGCCUCAAGGUGACCUCCCACGGGAUUAGAUCUAUGACAUUCCCAACAAGUGGUACAGCCGGAACAGCCGUUAUGCUUGGGCCAUAGGCCUUGUGUUGAUUGAGGCCUUACUCAACUGAUUUGCCCUCAGGGAAAAAGCGGAUCCUUUAACACCGGCUUCAUGGUUGAACCGGAGCUCUCGAAAAGGUGAGGAAUCAAUCAUCAAUCGUCUCAGAAACGAGGCAACGAUGGCGUCGAAGAAGACCAAGUGGUUCCAAGACUGUCGGCAACUACGCCAAGACAAAGCCCAAUUGUUUCGAGCCGGCAAGCGAAGAGAAUUGGCCUUGAAGGCCGUGACCUUGGCCGAAGCUUUGGAAGUCCAUGGAGAGCAUGACGAAGCCAUUCAAGAGUAUCAGGAAGCCAUCGAGAACAACGAGACUGAUCGCGUCUUUGUGGCUAGGACCAAAAGGAAAAUCGGCGACGCCUGCCUUAUGUUGCAACGGUACGAAGCCGCUCGUUCUGAGUUUAAUCACUACUUGACCAUGAGUCUCUCCCUGGAUUUGACGGCCGAUGUUCAGCGAGCGUACACGUCCUUGGGGCGAUCCUAUCAUGACGAGGCCGUGGACUUACAUCGAAUAGGCCUUGACGAUGCUGAGCGAUUGAACAAAUUCCAAGCCCUGCUUCAAGAUGGGCAGAAGAAUUUCGAAAGGGCGCACCAAGCUAUCAAGCAGAUCGUGGAUCCCGAUUGCAACGAGUAUGAAAGAAAAGAAAUGGAAGUGAUCGUGGUUCGGAAUUUGUUGGGCAUAGCUCAAAUGCGAGAGGAUACGGACAAGUGUUCUAAGUUAGUCGAGUUGGGGGAACGACUUUGUAUUGAACGGGGCAGCAAGUUUCAAAGCUACCUUUGGACGUUCAAAGAAAUCAAGCUCGGGUUGUUGGUGGAACGGGGCGACAUAGAGGCUGGAAUUAAACUCGCCGACCAAUGUCUCAAGUUUCCCGCCCAAUCUAAUACAUUCAAAUAUCAUUCGUUGUGGCUGCGAUCACGAUUGGCCCUAAAACGGAAGACCUUUGAGGACGCUCACAAGUUUCUCUAUCAAGCCUACAAAAGCAUGGACAAGGAUGACUCUCAAAAAGAGAAGUUAGGCUCCGAUCUAGCUCGCGUCGUCAAGAUUCGACGCCUAGUGUCGAAAUUUCAGGCCUUACCCAUCAACUGUCGCGAACUUGAGAAAUCCCAACUUUUAGAACAAAUAGCAGAUAAACUCUGUGAUUGUGAACUGUUCAAGGAUGAGGCCUUUGAGACGGCGGUCUGGUACUACAAGGAAAGUCUAGCCCAUGCGGAGAAAUGUGACGGGGAUCAAGAGCGAUUGGCGGCCUUAACGAGUUCGAUCGCCACUACUUUCUUUGAUCUGAAAGAUUUCAAAAACGCCUUGACCUUCCACGAGCAAGAGCUGCGCUUGAGAACCUCGGGUGGGAAAGAAUCUAUUAGAUGUCUAAUUGUGAUGGCCCGAUGUGCCCAGGGACUCAAUAAAACAUACCGAGCCGCUUUAACCUACCUAGAAAAAGCAAUUGCCAUCGGCAAAGAAUUGGAGGACAAGUCUUUAAGUGCUGAAGUGUUGCUGGAAAUCAUUGAACUUCAGAGUAAGCACCAAAUGUUUGGAGAGUUGAAGGAGACCAAGCGUGAGUUGGAAUCUCUUGGCAAUGUUGUUCCCAACGAUGGUGACUCUCAAGAGACCGCUGCGAACGAAUCCGACGUCUCUGAUCUGGCUUAUCGAAGUGACAACGAGGACGCUCAGGAAGGGCGUACGAGGAGACGUCGAAAAUUUGCCAUCAAAACUAACCGUUUAGGUGAAUCUCCCCUUCACUUAGCAAGCAAGAAAAGUGAUAAUGUUACGACAAUCCAAGAUCUUUUAGACAAAGGUCAUCCCAUCAAUCAUACAGACAACUCAGGUUUUACUCCAUUGCACGAAGCUGCCAAUCAUGGCCAAACUGACAACAUUCGGGUUCUUCUGGACAACGGAGCAAACGUGAAUGUUUUCUCUCAAGCGCGGAUCACGGCUCUGAUGUCGGCGUGUGCGGUUGGCGUUUUACCUUGCAUCAAACUGCUUUUAGAGGCCGGCGCCAAAGUGGAACCGCAAGAUUUGGAUGGAUGGAACGCAAUUGAUCACUUGGAGAACACACUCAAGAAUGCCCAAAAUGAUGUCGAUCCUGAAGAACGAGAAUCGUGUGAAAAUAUCAUUCGUAUCAUGCAAGUGAAAUUGAAGGCCAUCGAGGAAUCCGGUGUGAAUAUACGCAUUAUCCCCAAGGCUAGAAAGAGCAGACUUUUUUGCACCGAAGACGACUCAGUCCAGGAAUCAAAGUCCAUAUCUAGCACUCCUGACCUCGGGAACCGGUCCCGAUCCCAACGUCGUCCUCUGAGAGAGAGAAACACUUAUCGAUCGGGUGAAGAAAAUCACUCCUCGGAGUCCGAAUCCAACAAUGAUAAUGAAGAUGGCAACCUUUCGAUGAGACGUCGAGGCCAAAAGAGUUCAGUCACCGAUUACAAGUCAGCCAUCCGAGCAUUAAGACCAGCUCAAGAAAGGAACAAGAUCGCUUGUCCCAGUCCGAAGAAGAACCCUCGGUUUGCAACUGGGGCCUACGAAGACGAGUUCGACAACGAAGAUGACUGGCUUGAAGAUGAUGUCGGAUCUUCAAGGCUCUCCUCCUCCUCUAAGCGAUCGAAAAAAGCCCAGCUCGAUACCGCUAGCCGUUCAAUGAAAUCGAAACAAAAGAAGCGAAGAGACCCGUCAAACGAGACUAGAAUUAAGUGCGAAGCAGUGAAGAAAGAACAAUUUAGAAGAGAUGAAGAAAUCUCUCAAUUGUCGUCCCCGCCAACAAAUGCAUCCCAGUUCGCAAAUCAAACACUCAUCAAGGAGGAUGGCCUGGCGUUUCGCCACUCCAUGAAGGUUAAAGUGUAUGUGGAAAAGAAAAGUUUCAUGAUCCCCAUUAUGAACUUAGAUUGGACGUACAACGAUUUGAGUGCAGAAGUGGCUCGACGAUACCGCCUCUUAACGGGAAAGAAACCUGUGCUCAAGCUCACCACAUCUGAUCAUUCCGAGCUCCUAGGCACGGACUUGGUGUCCUCAGUAACCAAUAAUAACGACGAACUCCAAUCGCAGAUUUUAGAGUGGAUAGUGCCGCCAUUGGUCGAGAGAUAUCAAGAAGAAUGCCAAGCCAAGGGCGUGCCCGAAGUCGCUACGGUCACCAAAGCGAUGAAAGAUUUAGCAUUGGGUCAGGCAUUCGGCUUGAGUUGCUUUUUGAGAACUCCGCAUACGGAUCUUUUAUUUAGAGCGCUUCAGUGGGAAGAUAAUCUACGCGAAAUAACUAUGCCCAGAUGUAGAUUGGGAGAGCAAGGUUUCAAUUUUCUCUUGCUUGCUUUACCCACUCUACCCAAUUUGGAACGCCUUAACGUCAAGUCCAAUGGAAUAUCAGGUGACUGCAUCAAGUCACUAGUGACCAAGCUCAAAACCAGUCCAGCGUUACAGUGCCUUCAGUAUCUCAAUUUGAGUUUCAAUCCAAUCGGGGACGAUGCGGCAGACCAUUUAGCCGAGUUAUGUCUCCUAGUGGAAGCCCUGGAUGAAAUCGAGCUUCAAGCAUGUUGUCUCACCUCAAAUGUGUUCCUCUAUGCUCAGCCCAAGUGGAAAAAAGUGCUGCCUAGGUACAAAAGUAUUAACUUGGGCUGCAAUUUUAUUGAUGGCCCAGGCCAGAGUUUUGUCCGGAAUCAAGUCCCGCUCCAUUGUCGUGUUGAAUUUUGCCACAAAUAAAUCCUCGUUUACCUGCCACUAGAAA